CAGGCGCGCGAUGGCACCUCAGAGCUGUCGCAAUUGAAACUGCAUCAUUUUAAAUCGACAAGUCCCACAGCAGCUCUUGAUCGGGAAGACCCUCUCGGGAAGACGUUCCGGUAGGUGCCUGGGAAACGCUUUCAGACAGUUUCGGGGCUUGCAGACACUCCUAUCACAGCACAGCGGAGUGAGCGACCACUGUUAGGGGCGAGCUAUCGCGCCGUAAGUAUAUAGUGACCACGUUACGUGACGACACGAAUCCCCUGAAGAGCGACCUGUCCCGUCUGAGAGCCGAUCCACGACCUGCUCUCCGCUGACAAGGCCCCGGAUAGAGCAUCCUGUGCGCGGCAGCAGGGAGGCGAUGAUUCGUAGCUGAGGCCGCUAGGUGGCGCCCCGGUACCCAGAGCGCGGAGCGGGAGCUUAAGACUCACGGAGUUAGCUGCCGGUUGCUCCCAAGAGAGCGCGCUCGGCCGGGGGAGGCAGACACCAGGCGAUAGCUUCCCGGGCCGUCAGGAAGCAGGGGCCGGGACAAAGAGAGGGCCCUGGCGGAGAGUAAAACGCUGACCGGGGCCGGCCCGGCGGCCGCUCCGGCUCGCCUCUGGGCCCCAGUCCCCGGCCCCGCAGAACCUGGCGGACAGGGGACCUUUCUGCGCUCAGUGUCUCCGCGGCGGGCCCUCGCCCCCGGCCCUGGCCCACCGCCCUCCCGCGCCCCCUCCCCCAGCCCGGAGCCCCCCAGCCUCUGCCUUCCCUCUGGGCAGCUCCAUCGGCGCUUAAGGGCUCCGACCUCUCUCGGGUGCGUCGCUGCCGCCCCCUCAGCGCCCCCUCCUGGCGCCCGGCGCCCUCCCCGGCGAAGCCCUCCCCCGCGGUGCCGCCGGACUCGGUCCCCUCCCGCCCCCGCCCGGAGGCGCCCCCCCCCCCCCCCCCCCGCCCCCCCCCCCCCGGCUGUUCCCCCCAUGGCCCGAGGCCUUCGGGGAGCGGCCCCGCCGCCGAGCGCCGCCUCCACGCCCGGGGCCGCGGGGCCGCCCGAGCCGGAGGCGGCCAGCCUGGCGUGGCUGUGGGCGGCCGCGGGGCUGGCGGCCGGGCUCCUGCUGCUGAUGGCCGAGCUCCGCAGGCUAGUUCUGGGCCGGCGCUGGGACGGGCCCAACCCCUUCGCGGAGGACGUGAGGAGGCCGCCGCGGGCGCUGGUGACUGACCAGGAGGCCCGGAGAAGGGUCCUCGAGCAAGCUUUCUCAGAGACGCCAGUGCCAGACCAGCUGGAUGCGGUGGUGAUCGGGAGUGGUGUCGGGGGCCUGGCAGUAGCUGCAGUCCUCGCCAAAGCAGGGAAACGGGUCCUGGUGCUGGAGCAGCACACUAUGGCAGGGGUCUGUUGCCACACCUUUGGCCACGAUGGCCUGGAGUUUGACACAGGAAUCCACUAUGCCGGACAGUUGAAAAAGGGAAGCUUUUGCCGUUUCUUCCUGGACCAGAUCUCUGAGGGGCAGCUGGACUGGGUUUACCUGGGUUCUCCAUUUGACAUCGUGGUGCUGGAAGGAUCCAGAAACAGAAGGGAGUUCCCCAUGUACUCCGGGGAGAAAGCCUAUGUUCAGGGUCUCAAGGAAAAGUUUCCCAAUGAAGAGGCCGCCAUUGACAAGUACAUGAAGAUGGUGAAGGAGGUAGCAAAAGGAACACUUCAUAUGGUCCUGCUGAAGAUGAUCCCUUUGCCUUUGGUGAGGCUGCUGGACAGUCUGGGGCUGCUGGCCUUUUUCUCCCCUUUCUUGAAAGCGGUCACCCAGAGCUUGGAGGAGGUGCUCAGCCAGCUGCCUGCCUCCCAGGACCUCAAAGCAGUGCUCAGCUACAUCUGUCCCAUCUAUGGAGUGAUCCCAAAGAAUGCCAGCUUCUCUAUUUACGCCUUACUCAUCAACCACUUACUGGACGGAGCCUUUUACCCUCGGGGAGGCUCCAGUGAAAUCGCCUUUCACAUCAUCCCUGUAAUUCAGCGGGCUGGGGGCGCGGUCCUUACUAGUGCCACGGUGAAAGGUGUGCUGCUGGAUUCAGUUGGAAGAGCCUGUGGUGUCAGAGUGGAAAAGGACCGAAGGCUGGUGAACAUCUUUUCUCCCAUUGUGAUCUCCAGUGCAAGAAUAUUUGAUACCUAUGAGCAUUUGUUGCCUGAGGAAGCCCGCUGUUUACCAGGCAUACAGAGCCAGCUGGGAAGGGUGCAGCGUGGCCCAUUCACACUCUGUCUCUUCAUCUGCCUGCGAGGCUCCAAGAAAAAGCUGGGCCUGGAAGCCAACAACUGUUAUGUCUACUUUGAUACAGACACUGACCAUGCGAUGGAGAGAUACCUAUCCCUCUCCAAGGACCAAGCCGCCGCACACAUUCCCUAUUUCUUGGUCACCUCUGCUUCGGCCAAAGACCCGAUGUGGAAGGACAGGUUCCCAGACCAGUCCACACUGAUGAUGAUGCUUCCUGCCCGCCAUGAGUGGUUUGAGGAGUCGAAGGACGAGCCCCAGGGCAAGAGGGGGAGUGACUAUGAGGCCGUGAAGGAAUCCUUUGUAGAGGCUUCCAUGUCCGUUUUGAUGAAACUGUAUCCUCAGUUGGAGGGGAAGGUUCACAAUGUAUCAGUAGGAAACCCACUCAGCCAUCAGUUCUUCCUGGCUGCCCCAGGUGGAGAGCCCUACGGAGCUGGUCCUGACCUGAGCCGUCUGCAGCCCCGCGUCAUGGCCAUGAUGCGGGCUCAGAGCCCCAUCCCCAAUCUCUACCUGACAGGACAGGAUGUGUUCACCUACGGUUUGUUCGGGGCCCUGCAUGGAGCCCUGUUGUGCAGCAGCACCAUCCUGCAGAGAAAUGUCCACCUGGACCUCCUGAGGCUCCACUCUCGGAUCUCUGCUGCCCUGCCCAAGAUGACGAAUUAGUAGAGUCCAAGUGGACCCUCUGUGGCAAGGAGUUCGGGGUCCUGAGUGGGUCUGAGAGCUGGGCAGAAAGCAGGACAAUUGAAUUCUGCAGUUACUGUAAUGGGAUUUUUUCCCCCUGAGGUAAUUGGGGUUAAGUGACUUGCCCAGGGUUACACAGACAGGAAGUGCUAAGUGACUGAGGCCACAUUUGCACUCAGGUCCUCCUGACUUCAGGGCUGGUGCUCCAUCCACUGUGCCACUUAGCUGUCCCAUUGCCAAUUGACUUCCAAGACACUGCAACACUUCACCUAGUGCCUUGAUGAAAGCCAUAGUUACAAUACAUAGUUGUCACUUUGGUAUCCGAGGAAGUUUUUUAUUUUUUUUUUGAAGUUUUAAAUUUUAGAUCAUGAUUGUCAAUCAGGUCCCUGGAGGUCUUCCAGGUGGGUCAGGGGUGUUUCCUAGGAGUGUUUAAAAUGGGAUCACACUUAUCCUAAGGUUUCUAUUCUGGAUUAGUAAUUUCCUUAGGACAUUAAACAUAAAGCAAAUACCUCCUUUGUCAUCUCCAGUGUCUGGAGUCCAGACCUAGUUCUAGUUCUGGUUCUGCUCCUUGAUGCCUGGGUAAUUCUGGCGUCUCUAGGCCCAUUUCCUCUGUCAAAUGCAGGGGAUGGCUAACCUCAUUUCUAAGGUUCACAAUCUAAAGAUAUUGUCCUGUCUCCUGUGAGAGGCGCUGUGAUGUAGUCAUGGCAACAAGCAUCGGUUCUAUGCCUCGUAUGUGCCGAGUGCUAGCAAUACAAAGAAAAGCAAAAAAUGGAUACCCAGUCCAAUGGUACAUGGAGAGAGCUGGCUGGGUGUUCAGGAAAGCUGCCACUGACAAAUGCUGGCCAAGUCACAGGGGACACCCCCUCAGGCCAUCAGCAGCAGAGGGGUUCCCUAGGCCAAUGAAGUCAUAGGUUUAGUCCCUGUGCCAUACAGAGUUUUUUUUUUUUUUUUUUUUUUUUUUUUUUUAAGUAAACAAAGUUAGGAAUUCUCUGCCUCUUAAUUGCUUAUUUUUCCUGACUCCAAGUACAAAUUCUGCCAUCAACCAAUGUUUCUUGUAGGAUUAUUCUGAAGUUUUUCUAUCAAAGCCCAGAGACUUCCUUCUGAAUAAUCAGAUAGUAAUCUUCUGAAUAAUCAAUUAGUGAGAUUUUAUCUUAAAAACAGAACCCCUGUUUUCCCUUUUCUAAAUUAUAAGCUCCAAGCUCUGAUUACUAUAUGCCCAGAGCACGCCUUUAAAUGUCUGUUAAACUUAAUUCACAUCCCUAUCCUCCUAAAUUUCUGCAAUGUGGGGAGAGGAUAAGUAGAAAGGUUUUUCUGAAGAUAUAUGAGUACAGAGACUUUACAAGAAGGCAUAGGCCAAAUUUUUAGGAAGAACUAGACUCAUUUAGAGCUUGCUUUUAAAUCAUUGUGCAUAGCCACCUAAAACUGAAGAAAAUCAAACUUAAAUGGUGAGAUUAUAGGGAGCUCCACUGGAGUCAUCCAACUUUUCCACUAACUCAUGUAGCUCUUAUAUUUCUGGAGAGUCCUGGGAAGGGAAAGAAGAGGGAGGAAAUCAUAACAAUAUCCUCAACAUUCUAGGAAAUUCUCAAAAGCCUCUGGGACUUCUGUGUAUUUUCUAUCCCCUGAACUUCCUCAGUCACAGAAGUGGAGAACCCCAGGCUCAACAACAACAGCUAAUUAAAGGUUUAGCUAGAACAAUGUUCAAAAGUUUCUGGGGUUAGGUGAGAGCAUAGAUUCAACAUGUUUCCUUUUUGGGGAUAAUAAUCUUCCUAGGCUAUGGGCUCCUAUCAUUUUGUAUUUUUAAGUGGAAAUAAAAUUUUCACCAAAUUGGUA